CAAUUGAGAAAUCGAAAGGGGGCGAAAGAACAAGUGAAAAACAGAAACCCAAAAAGAUAGAAAAUUCCAUCGAUUUUAAUUUCUCUGAAGAAGCGAAUCGGCAUAGCUCUUAGCGUGGUUUCUACAUCGCUGGUUUACGAUGUCUUCACUUGCAGCUGCUAGAGCCGAUAAUUUUUACUACCCCCCAGAAUGGACCCCGGAUCAGGGUUCUUUGAACAAAUUUCAUGGUCAACAUGCUCUGAGGGAGAGAGCAAGAAAAAUAGACCAGGGAAUUUUGAUAAUAAGGUUCGAGAUGCCGUACAAUAUCUGGUGUGGUGGUUGCAAUUCUAUGAUUGCUAAAGGUGUCCGGUUUAAUGCAGAGAAGAAACAAGUGGGGAAUUAUUAUUCUACAAAGAUAUGGAGCUUUUCCAUGAAAUCAGCAUGCUGUAAGCAUGAAAUUGUUAUUCAGACAGAUCCAAAAAAUUGCAAGUAUGUGAUUAUUAGUGGGGCCCAACAGAAGACUGAAGAGUUUGACAUUGAGGAUGCAGAAACCUUUGAACUUCCUGCAGAUGAAGAAAGAGGUAAGCUUGCAGAUCCAUUUUAUCGUCUGGAACACCAGGAAGAGGAUUUGAAAAAGAAGAAGGAAGCGGAGCCAGUGCUAGUGCGCCUCCAGCGGGAAUCUGAUGCGCGACAUUCAGAUGACUAUGCCCUCAACAAGGCUCUUCGGGCCAAACUUAGAAGUCAAAAGAAACGAGUUGCCAAAGAAGAGGCUGCAUCCAGGAGCAAGGGUCUUGCCAUACGGCUGCUUCCCAGUACUGAAGAAGAUGUUGCUACUGCAGCAAAGGUGAAAUUUUCCUCCAAGUUUGAUCGAAACAGGAGGGAUAAGCGAGCAUUGAUUCAUGCUGGUUCCAUCUUUUCCGAGUCAUCUGGAUAUUCAUUGCCCAACAACAAGCAAGUAGACCUAGCGUUGAAAAGGAGGAAGAUAAGUGCAGCUGCUACAUCUAAGUUGCUUGUGGGGGGAUUCAAGCCAUCGUCAUGGUCAAAGAGUGCUGUUCCAUAGAGGGCGUGAUUGUUUAUUAUCGUGAGUAAUGGUUUUUCCUCCAAGAUUAGAUUGAGAACAUCUCAUGUUAUGACUCUCUUGUAACUCAGCUGGCUUAAGACAGUGUGUGUAUACAUGUGUGUGCUAGUUAACUGUAAUAGCUCAACAGUUUCCCCUUGUU